AGGAGACGCCAAGGCCUCAAGGAUGCGCCCCCCGUCCACCGAGCAACCUCCAGCCUCUCAGCACCACCACUCUCAGCUCCGAGUCUUCCUCCAUCCCUAUCGGCUCCUCUCCUUACUAUAAUACCAGAUUGAGAUUUAAGUUGGCUGUGAGCAUGCAGUCCGUAUGUGUGAAUCAAUAUGUAUGUACCGACUAUGUACUGACUGAAACCCAUCCAUGUACUUGGGCGCACCACAUGCAAGGCUCUGCUGAGUUUAUGUGGAAUCAGAAAAGACCUGGAGGAUACACUGAUUCAGCUCCCAAAGGCAUCACGGUUACCACAGCAGCCAGAUGCUGAUGAUACCUCCAGGGAGAGCAAGGUAAAGCUGAGCCAUUUCCCAGGUCCUCGCCUCUGCAUGCCCUUGGCAGGCCAUAGUGAGAUGAUCUGAAGCUCACUCUCCUUUAAGGCCCCCCACCCUGUCUAAGGUCGCUUAGAUUCACAAACUGCCUCCGAAGCCUCAGUUUGGGGCCCUGAAACACCCCUUCAGAGACUCCCUCCUUCUCAACCUCUGUCUCUUGGCUCACUGCCUGGUUGCCGUGGAAACAGGUUCCACUGCGGACAAAGGAGGGAGCUGGGUCCCGCUUCCUCCCGGUCCUACUGAUGAGGAUUUUUAGACCGUGGAGACUGCGCUGCCCUGCCCUGCACCUGCCCUCACUCCCCGUGUUCUCACUCAAGUGGAGCUUGCCCUCCCUCGCCCCUGACGAGACCAUGUGUAAAAGUGUGACCACAGAUGAAUGGAAGAAAAUCUUCUAUGAGAAGAUGGAGGAGGCAAAGCCAGCGGACAGCUGGGACCUCAUCAUAGAUCCCAACCUCAAGCACAAUGUGCUAGCUCCAGGCUGGAAGCAGUACCUGGAGUUGCAUGCUUCAGGCAGGUUCCACUGUUCCUGGUGCUGGCACACCUGGCAGUCGCCCCACUUGGUCAUCCUCUUCCACAUGUACCUGGACCGCGCCCAGCGGGCGGGCUCGGUGCGCAUGCGCGUCUUCAAGCAGCUGUGCUAUGAGUGCGGCACGGCGCGGCUGGACGAGUCGAGCAUGCUGGAGGAGAACAUAGAGUGCCUGGUGGACAACCUCAUCACCAGCCUGCGCGAGCAGUGCUACGGAGAGCGCGGCGGCCAGUACCGCAUCCACGUAGCCAGCCGCCAAGACACCCGGCGGCACCGCGGCGAGUUCUGCGAGGCCUGCCAGGAGGGCAUUGUGCACUGGAAGCCCAGCGAGAAGCUCCUGGAGGAGGAGGCGACCACCUAUACCUUCUCCCGGGCGCCCAGCCCCACCAAGCCGCAGGCCGAGGAGGGUUCUGGCUGCAAUUUCUUCUCCAUCCCCUGGUGCUUAUUUUGGGCCACGGUCCUGCUGCUGAUCAUCUACCUGCAGUUCUCCUUCCGCAGCUCCGUCUAAGAUUCCCUUGCUGGGCCCAGGGAGACGCUGGGGGCCCAAGGCCCGAGGGGCCAGCCAGCUGGUGGGAGCGGGUGAAGAGAGACCUGGGUUGGGAGUGGGGUUAAGUUCUAGCGCUGGUGCCACCACUGACUCCACAGGGACCCUGCACAAAUCACCCAGCUUUUCCAUCUAUAAAAUUAAGGGUUUGGGUUUAAUCAUUGGCUUUUCGAAGUGAGACCCAGGGCCCCAGUGCUCUGCAUGGUGCCUUAGGGACUUUUGCAUUUGGAAGGGAGACUGAGGGAGUGGCUUUCCCACCCUGGUCCUACCUCCCAUCCCCAACUCCUAUUUCCUCCUCUUGCUUUAAUCAGAGCAGCUCCAUGUUAGAUGGAGUUUUAUUUAAGAGUUUUGGAUGGAAAAAGGUCCAACUGGUUUUAAAAAGUUUGAAAGUUACAGGACUAGGUGAUCUUAAAGGGCCUUUCCACAGUGAUGAGCUCACCCUUGCCUUCUGGUUCACCCUACCCCUACCCCUCAUUAUCGCCCACAUCCGGAGCUUCGGCCUUAAAUUAGCCUCUGCCUAGUGUAUGAGUCUCUUCCAGAGCUCUGUCUCCACACAAACAGCAGAGGUUCCUCUCAAAGAGAGAGAGAGGUGGGGGCACUAGGCUGCCCUUUUUUCCUGGGUAUGUCAGGGUCACACUCCCAGUUUCCAGCUUCCCUCCAUUCAGGGAAGUCAUGGGAUUAGGGUGGAGUCCCAUAGCGCUUGGCUUCCUACCUGCUGCAUAUGAACCAUCAGAGAAUUUAGCAGGGGUUUAGAAGGUAGAGUGUUAGAAGUAAAGCACAAAAUUCCUAGGAAACAAAUCAGUGUGUCUCCAUUAUAGUGAAGAGUCUGCAAAGUUCAGGGACCAAGUGCAACUGAUUCUCAGUGGUUCUGGUGGUCAGAAUACAGGAAAAGAGACCUGGCUUCCUGGGCUGUUUGUUGAGAGACUUUCCCAUACUGGCCAGGCUUGGUUCCUCUCACCAAAGAUCAGCAGUGCACCCAGAACUACAGGGUUGGGGGUUCAUUAGUAAGAGAGGGAGCAUUAAAGAUGCAAAGGGUUUUGCCCAUAGAGAAGUGCAUAGGUCGGUGCAAGAAUCCUGAUAGUUUUCAAAUGGGAUGCAAUAUGGUUUGGAGAGGGGGGAGAGAUGAUUUCUAACAGUAGGUGUAUAGAAUAAGGUAUGGGGGAGGCAGAGAGCAAGAAGCAGAACACCACCUUCAUUUCUGAUGGCCCUCAUUCACCUCCCUUUUGUUAAUAACCGACUCCUUCUUCUUCCCUCACCACUCCCCUUUCUAAGAGAAAGUCACCACCAUCUGUAGUGGUGGAAGGAGCAGGGCCAUUUAUAUAUAGGCAGGGUACUUUAAUAAAGAUGAGAUUUCUUCAAUCAGGCUUUGUAGUCAUUAAUGUGUGCUUGAGAUUCACCAGUGUCCUUGAUCUGUAAUAGGCUGUUGGACACCCUGAUCCCCUCUCUCCCCUUUCUGGGGUCCUCACAUAAACUUGAUCUGGCUCCAGCUUCCAGGUCAGGGCCAAUCAUGUACAUAAUCAGGAGGGAUGCAGGCAGCCCUUGGCAAAUCAUUCAGGGGAGGACUCAGCAUAAGAUCAGUCUUAUUCUCAGCCUUGCUCUGAUUCUAGUAACUAGCUGGUGACUUCCUCUGCUUCAUGUACACAGUAUUCUUUCCUUUAUCCAGGAAGCAUACCUGAGCACCUUCUGUCUGGCCAGGCUUGAUGCAGUGGCUACUAAGGGAUGGGCUCUGUCUCUCAGAGAUCUCUGCUUACAGCAGAUGUUCUCAACCUCAGCUGUCGUUUAGAAAUCCUGGAGAGCUUUUAGAGAAAUGUCAGUGCUCAGCCACUAC